CACAUGAUUCAACUUGAAAGUUUAUAGUCUAGAUCUAGAUCUAGUUCAUGAUUUCCUGGCUGGUCACUGCACUGUGCACAUGUGACCUAGUACCUAGACUAGACGUACGUGUAUAGAUGUGUAUAGAGUCUACAUUAAAUGUUAGACCUCUCUAGCUUUGUACUGUGAUGCAUGUGCAUAUUUAAAGUAUAGAGAUCUACUGACUAGACCAGUAUACUGUGAGUCCUUAAUCUUUGCUGGAAUUUGGAACUUAAAUAAAGAAUGCCGUCAGGAGGAGGCAGUGCAGGAGGAGGUGGUGGAGGUGGAGGAGGUGGAGGAGGAGGAGGAGGAAGUUGGGGUGACGAGAGAUUCAGCAGUCACAGCUCUAGCCGUUACUCGAAUCGUACCUAUCCAGCAUAUGGUGAUGAACAGGGAUGUGACAACGAUUGUUGCUGUUGUAGCUUUGUGUGCGCUAAAGUUAUUGCCGGGGUCUUAGCAACAUUAUUGAUUUUACUCGUUAGUGGCAUAAUAAUUGGUGUUGUAGUAGGAAUAAAUAUGUUUGGCGUGUCCAAUAAUGAUUCAGAUGAUUCUAAUUCAGUCACUAUUCGUCCUACUGACAUUUCCACUGACUUCUACUCACCAGGAGAUAGUCGACUGAUAUCUCUAUCUUCGUUCUUUUGCGAUGGUGGUUAUCUUGAGCUCUCGUCCAAUUCAGUUGAUGCUGAACUGUUUCUUAUCGACGACACGAGUAUACUGGCCCUGAAUGACACUAAUCAAUUUACUGUUUCUAUCGAGUCGACAAUUGAUUCAACGGAGUUUCGAUUCUGGCAGUAUCAUCUUCAUCCCAACUCCAACAUAUCAGUCUCUGUAUGCACAGAUCUGUUGGUUGAUGUCUACAUUGUGAAAGGCAAUCAAAAUGCAAACGAUUGGGUUGAUAGCCCUAGCCAAAAUGUAGCUGAGAUGUUCCAAUAUGCACCUGCCUGUUGUAAGAAUACACGUACAUCUACCAUUUCAUAUCGAGUCGAGCGAGAAGAUGAGUACUACGUAAUUUUACACAAUUCACUAUCAACGGAAAUUUUUGUAAAUGGUUCUUUAAACUUUGAGAGAACGGAAUACAGUGCCCCUGACUUAAACUCCAAGGAGUCGUGUAAUGUCAGUGAACAAGGAAAUUGCCUAGUAGGCAUUGACUAUGGUACUGGGUCUCAACAAUUCUUGGUGAUCACAUCAAUCCCCGAGCGUGUGGACUGGGGUGAGAAUGUCGAAGUUUCGCUAAUUUGUGACCAGAGAGGAUGGGCCUAUGCAGUUGUUAUCUUGGUGCCCAUUUCUGUAAUAAUCGGUAUCACUGUAGCUCUGGUGUUGGGGAUUUUCUGUUGUUGUGAUUGCAGUACUACCACCAAAUCAGCAAACAUCAAAAUGCUUCGAAAUGACUUCAACCCUGACCCUCCUCCUAAUAACUCUGGAAAUGUGGACACGAUCGCGAGUGAUUUCGACCCUGACCCUUCGACCAACAAUUCAGGAAGUGUUGACAAGAUUGAUCCGGACUUCAACCCAGAUUAUCUUUCUGAGAACUAAAAAUUAGUUAUUGUAGAUCUUAAUAUAAUUAUGUGAUUGUGUAUAGUUACUAGGGAUCAAUCAACUGCUAUUUUGUGUGAUGUGUAUGCUACGUAUAUUGUAUGUAGGGCCUGGAAACGGGUGUACACACAGAUAUAUAAUUAUACAAUUGAUAUAAAUUUUAAUAUUAUUGCA